AUGUCUCUCCAGGCUACAGCAGCACAUUCAUCACGUAUCACCAAACCCAGAAGAAGGAGCGCUAUCGCAGCAUUAGGCCUCAAACGGACGCCCUCGUCACCCUCUACAGCGAAUCAGAAAAGACGGUCGUUACCGGCCGAGACUACAACUCCCUUUGAAGACGAUGAGCAACUGGAUGAUACUGGUGUAAUAAUAGCAUCUCUAGUCGACAAUCUUGAAUUUCGCGAUGUUCCUCAGUACAUGGAGUAUAUCCGCAACAGGAUGUUCAGCGAUCUACCAGAGAAGGCUGGCAUGAAUUCAACCAGAAUAGCAGAGGUGUUGAAUUUCCGAAAAAGAUUGCCACCAUUUGUCACAAUAGCACACAUCGACGCUCUAGGUAUAUCCUCGACGCGAAAUGAGCGAGAAACUGCUGAGCUGGCAAAAGCAGGUAUAUUGCGAAGGGUCACGAUACCGAAUCGUGGUGUUGGCGCUGCUGCUGUGGGCGACGGUAUUGCUUCGGUGCGGGAGUGGCAGGCCCUUGUACAGGCACAUGCCGAAUUACCAGAAGAUCUAAAAGCGAAAUACAUAGCAGCCAUGAACGCCAAUCCAACGUCCACAUCCAUCCCUGGCACAACCUUUACAUCUCCUGAGCUCUCCGCUUUAGUAACUUUCGGUUUCCUUACCUCAGCCUCAAAUUACCCAUCCAACACUUCCCUUUUCGCCUCACCAGGCGCUAGUUCACUUCUCGCCGUUUCUACGUCCGGCUCCCGCCACGCAGCUGGCUCUCUAGAUGCAGUCGGUGGCACACAAGCUACCCAGCAUAUACACGGAGGAUCCAGAUCGCGUCCUUCUGUAGCAUCACAAUACAACUUCUCGCUCCCCAACAUGGGCACGCAGAUCAAGCUACUGAUCGAUGCACGGAACCACCUUCUCGCUCUGUUGAAGAAGACCAAGCAUAAGGAGAUGCCGCUUGAUGUCCUCCGCGAGCGGUGGGACGGUGGCGUAACGGCCAACGAUAUCAAAGCGGAGAGGAAGAGAUUGAGAGGAGAGUUUGCGGGCGUUCUACCUGGGCGAACGAAGAAGUGGAAAACCUUUUAUGGGAUGAGGUUUGAUUGGGUUUUGGAGGAAUGUCUAGGCGCUGGGCUGGUUGAGCUUUUUGAGACUGGGAGCGUCGGUAGAGCUGUUAGAGCGAUAACAUAG